CUCUGUCCCCCAUGGCCAAUCCACCGCAGCCUCAUUUUGAAACCCUCCAACUACACGCCGGUCAUGAACCCGACGCCGCCACCAAUUCCCGUGCAGUGCCCAUCUACGCCACGACGUCAUACCAAUUCAAUGAUUCGGCACACGGCGCCAGACUCUUCGGUCUCCAGGAAUUCGGCAACAUCUAUAGCCGUAUCAUGAACCCGACGGUGGACGUGUUCGAAAAACGAAUCGCGGCCCUCGAAGGGGGAGUCGCAGCCGUGGCAGCCUCCUCGGGACAGGCAGCUCAGUUCAUGGCAAUCUCGGCGCUGGCGCAUGCCGGCGACAACAUCGUGUCGACAAGUAACUUGUAUGGCGGCACGUACAACCAGUUCAAGGUCCUGUUCCCUCGUCUGGGAAUCAACACCAAGUUUGUCCGGGGAGAAGACCCCAGCGACAUCGCCGCUGCCAUCGAUGAUCACACGAAGGCGGUCUACCUUGAGACAAUUGGAAACCCUCGGUACAAUGUACCGGACUUCGAGGCCAUUGCCAAGGUUGCUCACGAAAAGGGCGUCCCUUUGGUGGUUGACAACACGUUCGGAGCCGGUGGCUACUUCUGUCGUCCCGUCGAGCACGGCGCCGACAUAGUCGUCCACAGCGCAACCAAGUGGAUCGGGGGUCACGGAACCACCAUCGGCGGCGUUGUUAUCGACAGCGGGAAAUUCGACUGGGGCAAACACGCCGCACGCUUCCCGCAGUUUGUCGAGCCAUCCCCGGGCUACCACGGCCUGAAAUUCUGGGAGACCUUCGGACCGCUUGCUUUUGCGAUCCGCGUCCGCGUGGAAAUCCUCCGCGACGUAGGAUCGGCACUCAACCCGUUCGCUGCGCAGCAGCUGUUGCUGGGAUUGGAGACGCUAAGCCUGCGUGCCGAGCGACAUGCAGCGAACGCACGGGUUCUGGCGGAUUGGCUUCGGAGCAACGAGAACGUGAGUUGGGUCUCGUACCCCGGCCUGGAAGACCACCCCAGCCACGAAACCGCCCGGCGCUAUCUGACGCGUGGGUUUGGCGGGGUUUUAUCAUUCGGUGUCAAGGGCGGCGCAGUGGCCGGUAGCCAGGUCGUCGACGGCUUUAAAUUGAUCUCCAAUCUUGCCAACGUCGGCGAUUCCAAAACGCUGGCCAUCCAUCCAUGGUCGACCACGCACGAGCAACUGUCCGAGCAGGAACGUCUGGAUUCCGGGGUGACGGAGGACGCCAUCCGGAUUUCUGUUGGCACCGAGCAUAUCGACGAUAUCAUUGCCGAUUUCACCCAGUCUUUUGAGGCGGCGAGGGCUCUGAGGCAGUAG